UGUAUCUCUUGCAAAUAUUCCAUUUUUCUCUCUCUCUCUCUCAAGAAAAUUCCAUGCAGAAAUAAGGUGGUGAAUGGUGAUCAUCAACACAAUUGUACAGAAAAUGCAUGAAAAUAAAACUUUCCAUUAGAGAAAGGAAAUUAUGUUAAGCAUGACAAACCAGUACUUUUUAGCGGCAGAGGCACCAGCAUUGGUGACAGAUUCACCCUCACCAUUUCAAGGGCCUAUACCGGCUCAUUCAAAGAAUAAACAUAUCCUAGGAGCUGUAAUCAUUGCCUCUGUCAUACUCUCUCUUGUUACUUCUUUACUUAUUUUUUUCAGAAGAAGGCUCUUACCGUAUUUUCGGCGACGAACGAAGAAUGAAGGAAAGCUGAAAGAUGAAGAAAUAUCAUUAAGGAGAUUUCAGUUUGAGGAAUUGGUAAGGGCUACCAAUAAUUUUAGCGACGAGUUUCUACUGGGAUCCGGUGCAUUUGGUAAUGUAUACAAAGGGAUAUUUGAUGUGGAGGGUACUCUAGCAAUCAAGAGACCUCAUGCUGAUUCAUUCCAGAGUGUUGAAGAAUUUAGAAAUGAAGUAAGGCUACUUUCCAAAGUUAAGCACAGAAACCUUGCAGGCCUAAUGGGAUUUUGUGAAGAAACUGGAGGCAGAAAGGCUAAAGUACUAGUCUAUGAGUAUGUUCCUAACGGUUCUUUGCUCGAGUACAUUAUUGGAAAAGGGGGCCGAAGCUUAACUUGGAGGCAGAGAGUUCAUAUAGCGAUUGGAGCAGCUAAAGGAAUAGCUCAUCUGCAUUCAGUCAAGCCAAGCAUAAUCCAUCGUGAUAUAAAACCGAGUAACAUACUCAUAGGAAGGGAAUUUGAAGCUAAGAUAUCAGAUUUUGGAUUAGUUAAGAUGGGGCCUAUUGGAGAUCAAUCUCAUGUUAGCAGCCAGAUAAAAGGAACACCGGGGUACCUUGAUCCUGCAUAUUGUACUAGCUGUCAUUUGAGUCCCUCGAGUGAUGUGUACAGUUUUGGAGUCAUACUCCUGCAACUUGUUGCUUCUCGGCCCGCGGUUGAUUCUAGCAGAAACCAAUCCAACUUUCAUAUAAUUGAAUGGGCAAGACCUAGCUUAGAGAAGGGAAAUGUUGCAGAAAUAUUAGAUGCAAAUCUACUAAUAAAACCAUGCAACAUGGAAAUGAUGUUAAAUAUGGGGCAACUUGGUCUAAAAUGUGUUGUACAAAAUCCGAAAAACCGUCCUACAAUGACUCAAGUGUGGCAAGAACUAGAAGAAGCCUUAUACUUAUCUGAUCGUAGCUUCAUUUCUAAAGAACCAUCAAAGCGUUCUCAGUUAUCAUCUGACAGAUGGAGCCAUCGUCAUGGACAUGGUAGAUCAACAGACAUUGAUACUUCUCAAAGUUUUGUUAGCAUUGAUGGUGUUGGUCUUCAAAGAUUUCAUAUAGAAUUGGACAACCUAUCCUUUCAAAGUGCAAACUUGAGGUGCUUUGAGGCUAGCAGUGUCAGUAUUGAUAUUGAUAAGAACAAUUUCAAAGGAGUUAGUGAAGGAACAGGUAAGCAAAAAGAUAACAGAUGAACAUUUAGUAUUAUUGUCUACUUCUGUAUCAUUAAGCAUUUUCGUGCAAA